UAAACGUGCGCGAAUAUCAUUGGGCCCUCUCCCAUCGUUCAGCAAAAUUUGACAUUUCUUUCUUCCUUUUCUUUCUAGGGUUUCGCCACCAACUCUAUCUCUCUCUUUACCUCGCCGGUCGGUGAAUAUUACGGAAAAUCCUAUAAUUUUCCGAUAACAGUCCCGACCUGCGAUUUCCUUCCGAAUAUUCUUUAACUCUCGCAAUCCAAUAUUCGAAUUUUCGCUUCUUGAUUGAAAUGCUAAUCUCAUUUCGCUAUUGAAAUCGUCGCAGCUCUGGUGAGCUUUAUUUUUUAAGAAUUAUAAAUUUCAGGUGUUUUUGAGGAUAUGUGAUUAUGUUGAAUCAGGAAUCUUAAAAGCGGAGGAGAAAUAUAAUAGAUAGGGUCUGGGAGAUUUAUUGAUUGAUUGUGUGUGUUGAUUAGAGGUGAAGAAGAAGAAGAAGAAGACGAUGGCUAGCCAAGGAGGAUCUUCAAGGAAAAGUCUGUCAAUGACGAAUUCAUCAUCUAUGCUCGGAAGAAAAAAAUCUUCUGAUAAUGGUUUAGCCUCCUCUGAUUCUGCUCGCAAAUCUUUCGCCUCUUCUCGCCCCGGGGGACUAACUGGUGAACGAACAGUGAAAAGGUUGCGCUUGUCUAAGGCCUUGACGGUGCCUGAAACCACCACUAUUCAGGAGGCUUGCCGUCGUAUGGCUGCUCGUAGAGUUGAUGCCUUAUUGCUAACUGACUCUAAUGCUUUACUUUGUGGAAUCCUUACGGACAAGGAUAUAGCGACAAGAGUUAUUGCUCGUGAGCUUAACCUUGAAGAAACACCUGUUUCUAAAGUUAUGACCAGGAACCCAGUUUUUGUUCUUUCUGAUACUCUUGCUGUCGAAGCUCUCCAGAAGAUGGUCCAAGGAAAGUUCAGACAUUUGCCUGUUGUGGAAAAUGGAGAGGUUAUUGCUUUACUUGACAUUGCAAAGUGUUUAUAUGAUGCUAUUGCUCGUAUGGAAAGAGCAGCUGAGAAGGGGAAGGCUAUUGCUGCAGCUGUCGAAGGUGUUGAAAAGAAUUGGGGGACAACUUUUUCAGGACCUAAUACAUUCAUUGAGACACUUCGAGAGCGGAUGUUUAGGCCGUCUUUAUCUACGAUACUUCCAGAGAAUUCAAAGGUUGUAACAGUUUUGCCAACUGAAACAGUUUUGGCAGUCACAAAGAAGAUGCUUGAAUCCCGGUCAAGCUCUGCAGUGGUGAUUGUUGAUCAGAAGCCACGUGGAAUUCUAACCUCAAAAGAUAUAUUGAUGCGGGUAAUAGCACAAAAUCUUCCCUCGGAUUCCACUCUCGCGGAGAAGGUUAUGACUCCUAAUCCUGAAUGUGCAACCAUUGAUACACCAAUUGUUGAUGCUCUGCAUACCAUGCAUGAUGGGAAAUUUUUGCACCUUCCUGUGCUUGAUAGAGAUGGGAAUGUAGUUGCUGUUGUUGAUGUUAUUCAUAUCACUCAUGCUGCAGUGGCCACAGUUGGAAGUACUGCUGGAGUAAAUAAUGAGGCAGCAAGCACAAUGAUGCAAAAAUUUUGGGAUUCUGCUAUGGCCUUAAGUCCCAACGAGGAUGAUGAUGAUACACGGAGUGAAGGUUCCUUGAAAUUGCCUUCUGAAGGAGCAGAGACAGGAAGAUCACUUCCCUAUCCUUCGGCAGGUUUCCCAAAUUCAUUUGGUUUCAAAAUUGAAGACAAGAAGGGGAGAAUGCACAGAUUUACUUCUGAUACUCGAAGUCUGACAGAUCUAAUAACUGCAAUCCUUCAGAGGUUAGGAAAUGAUAUUGAUCGUAACAACUUGCCUCAAAUUCUGUAUGAAGAUGAUGACCAUGAUAAAGUUGUUCUGGAGUCGGAUAGUGAUCUUGUAACUGCAGUCGAACAUGCAAAAUUAGCUGGUUUCAAGGGCCUGAGGUUGCAUUUAGACUAUUCUGGAGUCCGUAGUCGGAGGGGGGGUUCUGGUUCAGGAGAUUUAGCUUAUGCUCAGAAAGAUGCAUGGGCUGCUGCAUACAGUGCUGUAGCAGCAGGUGCUGCUCUGGUUGCUGGCCUAGGUGUACUAGCAUACUUGCGAAGAUCUGGUUAUUGAUACAUUUUGAGAGUUACAAGAUCAUACAAACUAACCAAAUUGAAAUAUUUUUGGAAGGGCAUUGCUUGUGCUUGAUGUUCUGUUUUUGUGGAACAACAUAUUGUACAAGUAAGGAAAAAACUCAUUUUUCUUGCUGUUGGAUACUGCACGCUUCACAUGUAUUUAUUGGCAGCUGCUGCUGUGUAUUCUUUUCUGCUACAUGAAGUUGGAGAUUUUUGGUGUAUAUAAAAUAAAUUGCGCCAUUUGGGUUUCCACAUUUA